AUGGCCCAUCGAGAGGAUUUCAAGGAACCCACUCGAUCAGCUGCAGCCCUGGAGUCACCACUGCGAUCACCACUGCGGAGAAUGUCCGAGUCGCACGAUAACCCAUUUGGGCUCCUUGCCUUUGCUCAACUCGUUACUGAAGAUUGGGAUCCAGCGAUCAUCAUUAUCAAACAUAUGCAGAAGCAGGUGCUUGCUGAAAAAUAUCGUAAGUACAUAAUGCAUAUUUUCAACUUGUCAGAACAGAUCUGGGUUCAGCCUCCUACUCCAACCUCCUAG